GACGCGCCAUUUACGGUAAGAAAUUCUCGGAAUUGCUUGGCCACGGCACUUCGUCGAUGUUCGUGCUGAUGGGAGUAACGCAGAAGGGAGAAGGAAAGUUAUUGAUGAUAUUCGCGCGUGCGACCGGUCUCCGCGAUCAUUACGUUUACGAUUACUGGGCGAUAGGCUAGUUUCCAUCGGUUCAAAGGUUACGUUUCGAACGAAUUGAGCGUAUCGGAUAAGGAAAUACAGAUAGCGGGUAAAUCCUAGUUGCUUCUGUCUUCGGACUAGCAGCAGGUAAAGAGUUUUCAUUAGGAAUCAAAAUGUCUCUGUGGGCGAAAGCACAACAGUUGCCACAGGAUGCGUUGCAACAGGUGCGUUCAGUUUAUGGAGAGCACUUUCCAAUAGAAGUUCGGCAUUUCUUAUCCUCUUGGAUAGAAGAAAAGAUGUGGACUGACAUAGAACCUGAGAACCCGCAACACGAACAAUAUAUAACUAAUCUUGUUAUAUCUUUAAUACAAGAAUUAGAAUCUAAAGCAGCAUCUCUAAACACAGACGAUAUGUUUCUUACAAAGAUAAAAUUAAUGGAAGCCGCAAAAAAUUUUCGUCAGAGGUAUACUCACAAUCCAACAACAUUGUUUAGAAUAAUUAGACACUGUUUGGGGACAGAGAUGAAGUUAGUAGCCCAAGUAGAAAAUUUGGGAGGAGCUUUAAUGAGUAUGGCUGGUGGUAAAGUUGGUUUAAUAAGCGAUGCUGUUGCUGAAAUAGCCCAGCACGUAGAAUCAUUAAGGCGUAGAACACAAGAAACUGGAGAGGAUCUGCGAAAAAUGGAGCAAGAGCAAGAAGCUUUUGCCAUUAGUUAUCACGAGUGUACCAAAUUAAAUGCACAUUUGCAGCAUCUUGCAACUCAACCACAAAGUCAACAGAACGCAGACUUGGAGAAAAAAAUUAGAAGACAAAAGGAACAGCAGGAACAAGUACUGAAUCACAAGGUGACUGGUUUGAUGCAGUUGAGGUUGACAUUAGCCGAUAAAUUGAAGGAUACUAUUACUAGGCUAAAUAGCUUGCAGUCUAGAGUCUUAGACGACGAGCUCAUUAGAUGGAAAAGAGAUCAACAAUUAGCAGGGAAUGGUGCACCAUUUAACAACAAUCUGGACUCCAUUCAAGAGUGGUGCGAAAGUCUGGCCGAAUUAAUUUGGCUGAACCGUCAGCAAAUCAAGGAGGCUGACCGUUUGAAGCAAAAAUUUGCGCUUGAGCCGCCCGGAAUGCAAGAUAUUCUUCCCUCGCUAAAUUCAGAGAUUACGCAGCUUCUUAGUUCCCUAGUAACCAGUACGUUUAUCAUAGAAAAACAACCACCGCAAGUAAUGAAGACCAACACUCGUUUCACGAGCACGGUGCGUCUUCUUGUUGGCGGAAAGUUAAAUGUUCACAUGACGCCCCCUCAAGUGAAAGUUAGCAUUAUUAGCGAGGCUCAAGCGAAUGCUCUCCUGAAGAAUGAUAAAAUGGCAAAAAGCGGAGAAGCCAGUGGCGAAAUUCUGAAUAAUACAGGAACAAUGGAGUAUCAUCAGGCAACGAGACAACUCUCUGUGAGCUUCCGCAAUAUGCAAUUAAAAAAGAUCAAAAGGGCAGAGAAGAAGGGAACAGAGUCCGUGAUGGACGAAAAAUUCUCACUGUUCUUCCAGUCGCAAUUCAGCGUUGGCGGAGGCGAGUUGGUAUUUCAGGUUUGGACGCUGAGCUUGCCGGUCGUAGUGAUUGUACACGGAAACCAAGAACCACACGCAUGGGCCACUGUCACGUGGGACAAUGCUUUUGCCGAGCCUGGAAGGGCACCGUUCGCGGUACCCGACAAAGUUCCUUGGGGUCAGGUAGCCGAAGCGUUGAACGUGAAGUUCCGCUCGGCAACGGGCCGUUCGUUAACGGAAGACAAUUUUCGGUUUCUCGCGGAGAAAGCGUUUCGCGGCGGUAACGCGGCCGGUCAAGAUUAUUCCGGUUUACUUUUAAGUUGGGCACAGUUCUGCAAGGAGCCAUUGCCCGAAAGGAACUUCACAUUUUGGGAAUGGUUCUACGCUGUAAUGAAGCUGACGAGGGAGCAUCUGAGGAGCCCGUGGAUCGACGGUUACAUACUGGGAUUUGUCAGAAAGAAACAGGCGGAGGAGAUGCUGUCGAAUUGCGCUUCAGGAACGUUUCUGAUGCGAUUCUCCGAUUCCGAGCUCGGCGGGGUUACCAUCGCAUGGGUAGGAGAUCAAACGGAGGUGUUUAUGUUGCAACCGUUCACAAGCAAGGAUUUCGCGAUUCGUAGCUUGGCGGACCGUGUGUCCGAUCUGCAGCACUUGUUGUACCUCUAUCCGGACCUGUCGAAGGAUCAGGCGUUCUCGAAAUACUACACACCGUUCACAGACAAUCAAUCUACGUCGACGAACGGAUACGUGAAACCUUUCUUAGUAACGCACGUACCUGGUUGGGGUGGACCGGUCGUUGGUGGUCAGACACCGUCGCACUCGUCCGUAGUUGGGGUAGGCAGUAGCGGUCAGAGUGGUCCAGGUGGUAGUUAUCCUGCAACGCCAUCCACCAUGUUCCAAGCGCACAGUCCCGACCCGUCCGUGACGCGCGAUACUCCAUCAGUGGCUUCCAGCUACGCUCCGGGCCUUGGCCAGUCAAGCGUUGGGCGAGCAAACCCGGACAUGGACUAUGUGGAGCUGAUGGGUCACGGUGAGCUGCCCUCGAUCGACGAAAAUCUCAACUUGGACCACUUUAACGGCUUUAGCUUCUCCGAGCUCAUACAAUCGUACAACUCGAAGCCGCAGUAGGUAUGUCGACGAUGGGACGAUCGCGACUCCGUAAUGUUUCCUCAUUUCCACCGGCUACGCUAUCCGUAUCAUUGGCACAAGCGAAGGUUCGUUGCUCGCCGCCAUCUUUUUUUUUCCCACCCUCUCCGCGUUGUUGUUCGCCGCCUAUCGUUUCACGGGGGAGGGAUAGAAGCAGGGACUGGUCACGUCGCCUCGGACCCGACGUUCACUUAAACGCGUUGAAAUAUAUCCUUUUAAUCGGUUCGUCUCGAGUGCAAUAUAGAUAGGUACGUGUGUCUCUCGCUAUCCGUUUCCACCUUUGUCUCUACCGUUUCUAUCUUUGCAAUUGUAUCCGCAUCUAUCCGUCUAGUCCCCUUCUUCCUCCUUCUCUAACGUACAAUCGGGAAUUUCAUAAAAAUCGCAUUGUAUUUCAUUAACGAAACUCAAACGUGUGUAAUUGUAAUAAUUUCCGUUACAUUACAUUGACAUAUCAGGCAGUUUGGUUUCUUUUUAACGAUACUUUGAAUAUUUUUAAUGGGAACUUUUAUUGAACGACGCACUCUCACGACGUAGAACCAUGUUUUAUCAGUCUCUUGUACGUUGCAUCCACUUCUCCUCGAUCUUUUGCUCGUUUUAGUCGUCGAGCUUUUAUCUGAAACGAAACGGGAAAGCUGUUGGUACAAAAUAUCGUAGGCAUUGUAUAUUUAAGAUGUAUGCGGCUACGAGAGCAAAAGGCACGCGAGUAGAUAAUUAAUAGAUAAUCGUGUCGUUGCACGAUGGAACUUUGCAAGCCUAUUUUUGUAUAAAGGAAAUUGUUUGACAGGCCACGUCGAGCGAUGUCACAGCGUUUUUCUUCUCAUUCCUCCUCCUCCCCUUUUUCUUCUUUUUCUUGUAUAUUUUGACGCUCCAACGGUUUCAUUUGAUCGAAAGGGAAACUGAGAGAAGAAUCGAUAACGACGUUAGAAAUGUCUACGUAGAGAAUGUCGGGUGAUAGUAGAAUCGACACGAUAAGACGUGCGACGCGCAAGUUGUGACAAUCAUUUUCCGUCUAAUUCUGUAAAUAGCGAGUAUCACAGAGAAUAUAGAAGCUUUUAAUUUAUCGAUGGGAUCCACGGCGGAAACUGGACAGAAGCAGCCUGUGUUGCUCGGGGUACGCGCAACGCCUAUGGAUAUAGAGCUUUGUAUAGUGAUUAUUAAAGUUGUGCAAUUCGUGUGACCUAACUACGUGCCUUACGAUCUUUCCAUGGUCGUCAUAUUUUUUGAGGAUUCUUAUAUAGACACUAUAUAUGUACGUGUAUAUUAUAUAAUUGUUUUCGGCGAUGUUCUUUACUUUCCCCCCACUCCCUCCCCUGAUUUUUAAACGAUAUACUUGGAACAGUGCGGAAAUCGUUCCUUCCCAUGUAUUUUCUCCACCGGAUCAUUUCGAUCGUUUUGCUCUCGCAUCGACGCGCAACGCUUUCGUCGUACAGUGGGAAACAUCGAUGAUGAAUUUCUGAACAAAGGCGUCCUUUGUCAAAUGUUUUCACUUUAGUCCUUUAAGAGCUCUCCCGUCGUCGGUUGAGGUACAUCGAAUUAUUCUUAUCCUAAUCGUCGUUCCCUCCCCUGUUGUACAUGUACUGUGAAAGAAGAAAAACAACAAAUAGAAAAUUAUAAACUUGUUGCGCAUAUGUGAAACAUCGAUGUACGCUAACGUUUUGUCUUAAGUAGGAUUAUACGCAUCGUUAUCCCAUUAUACUUAUUAUAUAGUACACAUUACAUAUUAUAUAGUACAUAAUAAGGAUGUUUGUAUGUGUGUAUGUAUCUAUGUAUGUCUGUCUGUAUGUGUGUAUGCGUGUAUGUAUGUAUGUAUGUACGUAUUAAGCUAAACUUCAAAAAAGUGUACGUUAAUAUUGUCUAUUGAUCUUUUUAUCAAAGA